AGGAUACACGAGCAACCAUUUAACAGUACGACUGCAGCUGUGGCCAGAUACCUUCUCCUACACCAGAUGGCGCAACAAGACGAAAAGGCGACAUAAGAAGGGGACGGUGAAGGAGCGAGAGAAGAGAGUCUAUUCUCUACACUAACGUACUGAGCUCUCCGGCUAUGCUGCUUAACAUCUCCUUGCGCCACUACAGCGGGAGUGCGCAAAGCGGCCGACAUGCGCCUGGAGAGAAACUGCCUCGCCAAGCUGGCAAAGGGCUCAGUCGGAGAGACAACAGCAUGCAAACUGAUGCUUCGAUAGCAGGGUUAUAGUAGCAGACACCAGGUGCAUAUUGGAGCUGCGGCAUGGGCGUGGGAGAGAGACGGUCAAAAUAAAAGCGAUGUAGUUCCACGGUCAUAAGGAAGGUGGGUUUGGGGAACAGGAGUGUGUUUUGAGAUUUGGUUUGUCUGUUCUUUGAUAUUUAAAAGACACGGUAGCCUACUUUCCACUGCCAAUCUCUAUCGGAGUUUACAAGGAAGGAGAAAGGCAUGCAGCAGCAGCCGCCGCAGAUGUCCAGAAGCGCAGAGAGCACGCCGGAGGACAUCUCUAAAAUACACGACGAGGAGCUGCUGAAGUGGUCCAAAGAUGAGCUGGUGCGGCGGCUGAGGAGGGCAGAGGCCGAGAAGAGGAGCGUCAUCGUAGAGCACGGCAAUCUAAUGCGGGAGGUGAACCGUAGACUCCAGCAGCACUUGAACGAGAUACGGAGUUUGAAGGACGUGAACCAGAAACUGCAGGAGGACAACCAGGAGCUACGGGACCUGUGCUGUUUCCUGGAUGACGACCGGCAGAAGGGGAAGAGGGUGUCGCGAGAAUGGCAGCGUUUGGGCCGCUACAGCGCAGACCUGAUGAGAAAGGACGUAGCUAUUUACCUGCAGAAACUGAAGGAGCUGGAGCAGCGGCAGAUGGAGAUAAUCCGGGAGAACCUUGAGUUCAAGGAGGUGUGUCUCAUGCUGGAGGAGGAGAGGGCUGUAGCUGGAGGGGGCAGUGUGGGUGGGCAAGGUGGCCCUGGCUGUAGGAGCUCCAUUGACAGCCAGAGCAGCUUGUCUCAGCUGGGUGGAGGUGUCCCAGCACCUGGCCUGUUGCGAGACGUUGGUGAUGGGAGCAGCACCUCUAGUGCAGAGGGCACAGAUAGUCCUGAUAACCCCCAGCACAAACCCAGUCCUUUGGGCUCCAAUGCCAGCCCUGGAUCUGGGUCGAGUUGUGUUUCCUCAGAGCACCCCCACAAACCAGAAGAUGUAAGUGAAUCUAAAGGCAGGAGGCACAGCUCCACUCCAGAGUACCACACCUUCCCUCAGUCUUGCCGGCCCCGAGGGGCAUCCCUCACUAACCUAGACCCUCACAGUCUUCUGGGACACAGCCUGGAGAAAAACAACAAGUCUCCCACCAGGCUACCAUGCAACUCCCAUCCCAAACCCUGCAGCUCUGACCUACUAGCCCAGAAACAGCUACUGAUGUCAAAGCAGGCAUCACCAGGCUGUGAGAAAGGCACAGCCAAGUCCAGCCCAGAACUGAGCCAGCAUCACCGACAGGUUAACACAAUGGGGCCAGGCCAUGGGAGUCCCAAGGCCAAGCAGGCAACAAUGGGGACACCUGAGCACCUGAGGAAAGGACGGGUGGUUGUUGGGAGUCCAGAGUCUAUACUGCACCACCAUGACUUUCAGCACAGCCCAGGGGUGGAGCAUGGCAAGAGGAGGUAUUCUAGUGGCUCUCGCAGCAGAGAUGGGGUUCACAGGAGGGCAGCAGGAGAGGAGAUGUCCCCCCACCACCAGAGUCUGUACAACGCUCUGAUAUCUGCAGGCUGCUGCACCAACUCCUGUAGGAGUGUAAAGCUUUGGGACAGUUUUGAUGCCUCCUGACCAUGACAUGAUUCGUGAUCGAAUGCUCCUGUGACGGCACACACCCCAUAGAAAGAAAAAGAGGAUUAUUAGGCUGAAUGGAUGGAUGGAUUGGCUUGAUGCAUAACUGGAUGGAUAAAUUAUCAUGAAAUUUGAAAUCAGUGCAUGAGGGACAAGGGAGCAGAUAAGUGAAACAAGAAGACAAAGUGGCGAAACACUGGAAACACUUGAACACUCUUCUCUGUCCUGUCUUACUGCUGUGGUUGCUGCUGCUAUGCAUUUCCCAUGAGCCACCAGUAAAGACUGAAUGUCAUUGUUUGGAUGGGCAGAGGCUCAUCCCUGCAUUGCCAAAAAUAAAGAGGAAAAUAAAUAAGACAGCUGAAAAUCAUUGUGUUGCCAACAAAAUAGUCCUACCUCUUCAGAAAGACAGAGACUUUUUGGAUGAAAGAAGCUGUAUAUGAACUGACACUGGAGGUUCUGGCCCCUUCGCUAAACAAUUAAUCACAAUGGGACAGGGAUUAUUUGAACAGAGAACAUGUGAUGAUAGUAAUUACUUCAACAAAGUCAUUGUAGACCUGGAUUUAAAGCACAAAAAGAAUCUACUGAGUAAUUUUAACUUCAAGCUGGAUGUUUUCUCAGUUAAUUAAUGGAUCAUUCCAAUUUAUUACAGCUUGGCUUUAAGUACUGAUUCUCAUCAUUUAUGGUAAAACUGUACUUAAUUGCUUAAAUCUGGUCCAACAAAGCAAAACACAUAGAUCAGAUGAUUAGACAACUUAUAAACAAGCCAGUUUAGCUAAUUUAUUUAAAGCAUAUCAUCAAGGUCAGCAACACCUUUCACCUCUUCAUCCUGCCCUAUAGUAAAUCAUUCACCCGAGUCUCUCCAGUCCUUCUGAAAAACAACAGUGAAGAUAGGUAUGUACUUAGGUUAGAUAGGCCCAGGGCCAAACCCUGACCCUGAGGAUUUGUUUAAAACCUGUCUGACCAUCUACAGGUGACAGCGCAUUAUUAUAGGUUCUAUCAAAAAAACGUAGUGAGUACAAUGUAGGAAUAAACCAAAAUAGUGAAGGUUUAGGAUAAGUUGGAAUUACAACAGCUCAGUUAAUACAAAAUAAUAAAAACUGACACAACACUUACCAGCGCAAUUAACACGUCUGAAGAAAAUAAGCCAACAGGGAAUCUGCCAAGUUCCAGCUGCCAUUUUCAGAAGUAGUGGCUUCAGAGUGUAACCAGAACCCUUCACUUUUUACACACUUUAUUGUGUUGUAGAUUUAAUUUUUAACGAUUAAACCUGCAAGUUUUCCCCAUCAAUGUACACUUUAUAACCCAUAAUGACUGAGUGAAAAUAUGGUUUUAGUAUUUUCAAAAUUUCAUUUUGUUUGAAUAAAUUAUGUUUCCAGACCAUUCAUGUGGUUUUUUGUAGAAGAUCUUUGGCAGCAGUUACAGCUUGGAGUUUUGCAGUCUUCUGGGCCUGAAUUUGGGCUGUUUAUCCUAUUUUUACUGGUGAUUUCUCCCAAACUCUGUCAGGUUAGAUGGCCAGUAUCUGUGAACUGCUGUCUUCAGGUCUCUCCACAGAUGCUCGGUGGAGUCUAGUCUAAUUCUAGACACACUUCAAAGAUAAUAAUUUCACACAGGAAGCACAGUUUGGAGUGCCACACCAGAAGGCCUGGAUAGCUUUGCAAAUGAGAGAUUUCAACUUUAGAUUUUUAAUAAACAUGCAAAAAUUUAUAAAAGCACAUUUUGUCUUUGUCAUUAUGGGUUAUUAGGUAUA